CGCGGGGCAGUGUGGGUGGGAGAAGCUCAGGGCGGACGGGCGCGGCCCUCCAGCGCUCACGCACCGCGACAUGGCUCGGAGGCAGGACGAGCAGAGAGGGGGCGCGCCCUUGAUGGCGGAAGGCAAGCCCGAAGCGGAGGUUAAGCUCAUUCUGUACCACUGGACGCAUUCCUUCAGCUCUCAAAAGGUGCGCUUGGUAAUUGCUGAAAAGGCAUUGAAGUGCGAGGAACAUGAUGUAAGUCUGCCCCUGAGUGAGCACAAUGAGCCUUGGUUUAUGCGUUUGAACUCAACUGGAGAAGUGCCUGUCCUUAUCCACGGGGAAAACAUAAUUUGUGAGGCCACUCAGAUCAUUGAUUAUCUUGAACAGACUUUCCUGGAUGAAAGAACACCCAGGUUGAUGCCCGAUAAAGGAAGCAUGUAUUUCCCACGGGUACAACAUUACCGAGAGCUGCUUGACUCCUUGCCAAUGGAUGCCUAUACUCAUGGUUGCAUUUUACAUCCUGAGCUAACUGUGGACUCCAUGAUCCCAGCUUAUGCAACCACGAGGAUCCGCAGCCAAAUUGGUAACACAGAAUCUGAACUGAAGAAACUUGCUGAAGAAAACCCGGAUUUACAAGAGGCAUACAUCGCAAAACAGAAGCGACUUAAAUCAAAGCUGCUUGAUCAUGACAAUGUCAAAUAUUUGAAGAAAAUUCUUGAUGAGUUGGAGAAGGUCUUGGAUCAGGUUGAAACUGAAUUGCAAAGAAGAAAUGAAGAAACCCCAGAAGAGGGCCACCAACCUUGGCUCUGCGGAGAAUCCUUCACCCUGGCAGACGUCUCCCUCGCUGUCACAUUGCAUCGACUGAAGUUCCUGGGGUUUGCGAGGAGAAACUGGGGAAAUGGAAAGCGACCGAACUUGGAAACCUAUUACGAGCGUGUCUUGAAGAGGAAAACAUUUAACAAGGUUUUAGGACAUGUCAACAACAUAUUAAUCUCUGCAGUGCUGCCAACAGCAUUCCGGGUGGCCAAGAAAAGGGCCCCAAAAGUUCUUGGCACCACCCUUGUGGUUGGUUUGCUUGCAGGAGUGGGAUAUUUUGCUUUUAUGCUUUUCAGAAGGAGACUUGGCAGCAUGAUAUUAGCAUUUAGACCCAGACCAACUUAUUUCUAGUUUAGUUGGGAUCUGGUUGUGGCAACUCCUCCAGCCAUUCAGCUAGACCCUUGUCUACUCUUCCAGACCCAGUGAAGAAUUAUCCUGGGCAACUAGUAAAAGGCAUAAUUUACUUUACUCUUUGGGUAGUUUAUGUGGGAGGAGGAGGUUAUGAAAAUGUUUUGGUGGGCUGGUAACUGAGAUUACUUAUUUGCAAACCCGAACUAAUCCAUCCUUAACACAUGUGCAAGGUCAGGAUACGUAAAUGCCGACAGGUAGAGCACAGACCUUUAACUUGAAAUACCAGUUAAAGUUCUGAAUUGUUUUUUGGGAGAAGGUUAUUAUUAAGAGCAGACAGUAUUAAUAACCUGUGAUUGAGACUAUGUAGUUGAGUAGUUAGCAGUAUUUUGUGCUGGAAUUCAGAAGUCAUCCUUGUUACACAACGCAGGGGCCCAGACAGCAAGAGGGCACAGCAUCGCUUCAUCCUACCACUGCCAGCUUCAGGCAGAAAUAAGGGAGGCAAAGGGAAAAGGGAGGAGGAAAAGUGGAAGAAUGAAGUCUGUAUAGGGUAGAGCAGUAGAAAGUAACCUUCAGAUGCCUCCAAUAUCACUAAUGGCUGCCUGUCCCCCUAGUAAACAUCACAUUUAACUGUUUGUGGCCACUGCCUGCAUAUAUACUCCUGCAAUUACGAACUCCUGGGAGGAGAGGACUAGGGAAUCACUGGGACAACUGGGCUGGAAAGAACUUCAGACUUUACACACAUAGCACCUCAUUUGACCUCACAGUUAAUUCUAAAUGCUUAUGAAUCAUACUCAUUGCUUUAGUAAGACUAAGUGCUUGGGGAUGAGAUGCCCACUGGAACCAGUCUGCCUAGCAUUUACAUGAAAGUCUUAAGUGAUAUUAUGAUGGUUCUUUACCAUUCUACAUGGUCCCCACUUUGAUGAUGCCUGUGAGAUAUCACUCCUGUGGACCAUUGUACCUAGUCAGUGGGGGGCUUGGCCUCUACUGCCUUCUUUAUGCACGUAAGUGGCAUUUAGGUGAAUGUCCCAGCUAAUCACUAGCAUGUCAUGUGGCUGGGUAGUGGGUAUUUUGAUGAUCUGGGAGUACCAAAUAUGUUCAUUCUUCAUUUGGGGAGGCUGGUGCACUAACACAAAAACUUGUCCAGGCGUUGCCUCUGUUUGUGAUCAUCAACAAAGCCUUGUUAAAGAGAAUGGUCUAGUCUUAGCCCUUGGCAAUUAAUUUAGGGGAGAUGGACAGAUAGUGAUGCCCACUUGUAUUCAUUCAUGUAUGUCUAGGCACUUUGGGGGGUACCCCAGUUCAUCUGGAAGGGACAAUCCCCAUGUGUCCCAUGAACAACCAUGGAACUGCAACAUGGUUUAUGCUCUGGAAAAGUCUUUCAUGGUGACAGGAAGGCAGUUUCUCUGGAGCUGGCCAUAAAGGCCUUGGGAACAGUUUCAGAUAGGUAGCUUAUGUAGAGAUGAUGGACUAAGAUUCCAGUGAACUAUAUAAGCUUGCUUGGACUGUCUUAGAUGGGAUAUACAAAAUAGCCAAAGAAUAUGCUGACUUUUUCAUUAGUAGGAAACAGUCAUACCUAGGAAACAAUGAGUUUCUGAUGGCAAAAUAAUUCUAUAAUUCCAUUUUGAUUCUACAAUUCCAUUUAAUGAUACAGUUAUAUUAGAAAAUCUGGAUGAACUAGAUGUGCCCUGAUAAUAAAAAAUUAAUAACACCUAUAAGGUAAACACAACUCAACAAUAGUUAAUAGACUGGCAGCUUUUAUAAUGUGUUAAUUUUGCACAUCAGUGUGUCAUCUUAUGGCACAUCUGAAUCUUUUUGUUGCUGGGACAUUCCAAUCUGUGUAUUCAUAAAAGAGCCGUAGAAGUGAUUAUUCAAUAAUUCAUAGUAUUUUAAAAUUAUUUUUUUUUAAGGCUCGUCAAGUGAAGCAGUGUGUUUUCAGUUUUUUUAUGUCCCUCUGAUAGAAACAAUUGCUGAGACAUGAAGAAAUCAAAGUUGGAUUUUUAUAAAAAUCUACAUAGGCUAUUUAUCUGUGAAUAGGUUGUUAAGAAUAAAGAUUAGAAGCCCAGUGUUAGGUUUUCCUUCAGUUUAUAUUAUUACUGAAUCAGAGGAAAUCUACUAGGAAGUGUUCAUAAUUUUCUUAUACAGGAUCAUUGGAAAUACACUUAUGUCAAUAUUAAAGGCUAUACGUGGUGGCAGUUUCACUCGUUUCAUGGAUACUCGUGAGUUCAUGCUUUUAAAAUGUUUUGUUUAGGGAUAUAAUGACCACUAGAUGUCGCUGUUCAUCCAGUAGUUUAAGAUCGUGUGUUCUUUGGGUUCAGAAGGCUUCUGAAAUGUUUUAAGCAAAGAUAAACAUUAAUGACCUUAGUUUCCGAAAUGAGGGCAUCUUCAUCAGAUUGUUCAUCUGUGGAAAAAAAAGCUUGUGGCAAAGGUAAUUGAUUUCUAAUGCUUUAGAAGGGCUAAUAGUACCACUCAAUGUCAAGCUAAAGAGUUGAACAUGUACUAUUAGCUAAAUAGGCACUUUUAUGUAUUUUCUUUUUCAUGAUCAUUAGUGACUAGACAAAGUGCUUCUCAAUUUCCAAAAUUUGCGUAAAUAUCACAAUUAGGAAAAUGCCUGAGGUAUUAAAUUUAUGUUGCCUAUUUGUCUUAACACACAUAAAUACUAUUUUAUUGUUAUUGCAAUUAUAUAUGCCUUUUGAAUCCAUUUUCCUUAAUAGCAGAUAGUUGUAAAUUGCUUGCUCAAUUUUUAGUAAUUACUGCUAUUGACACCAGAGUUGUAGAUUUUUGGUGUUGUUGAAUAUAAUAGAGAGAUCAAGAUACUAUAUUCUGCCUGUAAUCAAUAAAAGUAGUUGGAAAAUAAAUAUAAACCCUAAAACAAA